GAAGGCGUCUCCGUGGCCUCUCCUCCUCCUCCCCCCGGUGUCCCUCGUGGGGCUCCUUCUUCUGCGCCUCGUCGUCGUCCUUCUUCUUCUUGGGGGCGAUGGAGGCUGUUGGAGGGUCCUCCUCUCCGUCCUGGGCUCCUCCGUCGGCGCCUCUCUCCGGGAGCUCCUGCGAGGCGCUGCUGUGGCUCCCUCCGGGGGAGAGCCCCGUGAUCUCGGCGGUGAUGUUCUCGGCGGGGCUGGUGGGCAACCUGUGGGCGCUGGCUCUGCUGGGCCGGGCCCGGCUGCUCCGCCGACGCCGACGCCCCUCUUGCCUCGCCCGCCGCCAGCCGCCCUUCCGCGCCCUGCUCUCGGCCUUGGUGCUGACGGACCUGCUGGGCACCUGCCUGCUGAGCCCGGCCGUGCUGUCCGCCUACGCGACGGGGAGGACGCUGGUGGCGCUGGACGGCGGGCGCGGGCGGCUGUGCCAGGCCUUCGCCUUCGGCAUGAGCUUCUUCGCGCUGGCCACGCUCUGCUGCCUGGGCGCCAUGGCCCUGGAGCGCAGCCUGGCCCUGGGCGCGCCCUACCUCUACGCCCGGCUGCUGGGCGAGGCGCCCGCCUGGCUGCCCUGGACGGCCCUGGGCGCCCUCUACGCCCUCUGCGCCGCCCUCUGCGCCGCCCCGCUCCUCCUCGGCUUCGGGCGCUUCGCCCAGUACUGCCCGGGCACCUGGUGCUUCCUCCAGAUGCGCUCCGCCUUCGCCCUCCUCUACGCCGCCCUCCUCCUCCUCCUCGUCCUCGCCGUCCUCCUCGGGAACCUCAGCCUCAUGGCCAGCCUGCUCCGCCUGCGCCGCCGCGGAAGGGCGCUCCGCCUGCCCGGAGCCCCCCCGGACCUCUGCGUGGCCCGCGAGGAAGACCACCUCAUCCUCCUCUCCAUCAUGACCCUCACCUUCGCCGUCUGCUCGCUCCCCUUCGCCAUCCGUGCCUUCAUGAACAACUUCCUUCCGGAAAGCAGUUACGAAGAGGACCUCCGGGCGAUGAGGUUUCUGUCCGUCAAUUCCAUCAUCGACCCCUGGGUCUUCGCCAUCCUGCGCCCUCCGGUCCUCCGACUGAUACGCUCCGUGAUUUGCUGUCGAACGCCGUGCAAGGUGCGGACUAAGACCAAGCAGGCAUCUUGCGUAGCCAAACCGGACCCUGUGAUGGAGGUUGACAUUUGCCACCCAUAACUCUCCGUAAUGUUGAAGAGCCUCUGUGGACUCCUCAGGUUCAUCGGUUGUCGUGUUUCCGUGCUCACUGCAUAUCAAUGUGUGCCACGGACUGUCCAGAUGUGUGCCGUCCUGCCUCUGGGAGGAUUGUCCAAAGUGACACUCCACGUUUGCGUUCUGCGCAGAAAUAUUUCAAGGAAACACAUUUGAAGGAAGAAGGAAAAUUGAUCAUCUAACGCAGUAUUAUCUUACAGCUCUCCAUCUUUCCAGAUUUAUUUAUUUACAGCACUUAUAUUCUGCCCUUCUCACCCCGAAGGGGACUCAAGGCGGAUCACAUUACACAUAUAGGCAAACAUUCAAUGCCUUUUAACAUAGAACAAAGACAAGACAAACAUAGGCUCUGAGGGGGCCUCGAACUCAUGACCUCCUGGUCAGAGUGAUUCAUUGUAGCUGGUUGCAGCUGGCUUGCUCUCCAGCCUGCGCCAUAGCCCGGGAAUUUAUCUCCAGACAGAGAUCAAGACUGAAUUUGGGACUUGAUGGUAUUCUUUAGGGGGUGUUUUGUGCUCUGAUGGUUUGCAGAAAAAGAAAGAUAUUGAAUGAAUAAAUGAGUGAGCAAUGGAUUCAAAUUGCAGAAAAAGAUAUUCCACCUAAAUGUUAGAAAGAACAUGCUGAUGGUUACAGCUGCUUGGCAGGAGAAUUUGCUGCUGCCUGGGAAUGUGAUAGAGUCUCCUUCUCGGGAGGUUUUUAAGCAGAGCUGGAUGCUCAUCUGUCAGGUAUGCUUUGAUUGUGUCCUGCAUGGCAGAAGAGGGUUGGGCUGAGUAGCCAUUGAGUUUUCUUCCAAAUCUAGGAUUCUAUGAAUAAGCAAACCACUCAUUUUGGUGUCCCCUGAUAUUUCUAUUAGUUCACCCCAAACUACCUACAAAUCCCACCGUAUUGUACAGAAGGCACCUCAAAUACAUGGAAAUGUUCUAAACACCCUUAAACACACCUCUCCCCAUUUUUUUAAAGCAACCCUUUCAAAAUGGUGACAGAAAAUACAGUAGAGUCUCACUUAUCCAACAUAAACAGGCCGGCAGAAUGUUGGAUAAGCGAAUAUGUUGGAUAAUAAGGAGGGAUUAAGUAAAAACCUAUUAAAUGUCAAAUUAGGUUAUGAUUUUACAAAUUAAGCACCAAAACAUCACGUUAUACAACAAAUUUGACAGAAAAAGUAGUUCAACACUCAGUAAUGCUAUGUAGUAAUUACUGUAUUUACGAAUUUAGCACCAACAUACCAUGAUAUAAUGAAAACAUUGACUACAAAAAUGCGUUGGAUAAUCCAGAACGUUGGAUAAGCGAAUGUUGGAUAAGUGAGAUUCUACUAGCAUGAUAUCACAGUUGCCAUUUUGUUAAGGACUCAAAACGGGUAUUUUGUUAUUCUAUGGAGACACGCAGCCUAUGGAGAAAUAAAAGGGAUUGGGCCCUGGAUCCUUGCACAGUUGCCCAAUUUUAGUGGCACUGAGGGUGCAUCCACACUGUAGAAAUUAAUGCAGUUUGACACCACUUUAACUCAAUGCAAUGCAAUUCAGUGGAGCCCCCGGUGGCACAGUGGGUUAAUCCCUUGUGCCGGCAGGACUGGUGACUUGAAGGUUGGGUUGUUGACCUGAAGGUUGCCAGUUGGAAUCCAACCCGGAGACAGCGUGGAUGAGCUCCCUCUGUCAGCUCCAGCUCCGUGCGGGGACAUGAAAGAAGCCUCCCACAAGGAUGGUAAAAACAUCUGGGCGUCCCGGACAACGUCCUUUCAGACAGCCAAUUCUGUCACACCAGAAGCGACUUGCAGUUUCUCAAGUUGCUCCUGAAUCAUGAAUUUUAUCGUUUUACAAAUCUUUAGCUUUCUCUGCCAAAGAGUGCUUGCUGUUGCCUUUGCAGACUCUUCACUCUCACGAUUGCAUUGCAUUGAGCCAAGAUAGUUAAAGGGGUGCCAAACUGCAUUAAUUCUUCAGUGUAGACUCACCCAGACUUGUUGCAGUUUGAAACUGAAUGCUUGAUACUAGCAUUCGACAAGCAAGGCAAAUCCCAUUGAUCAAAAAGAGGCAUUAUAGACGACAGGGAUGAAGUUUGCCAUGAAGCAGAAGGCAAGAAGCAGAAAAUAUUUCUUUCACCAAUGUCCUUAAAUUUACUCAUUUGAGUUUCCAAGCUGCUGUUUGUAUAGGAAGGUGUGUUGUUUGUUGCACAUGAUGGUUCCGUCUGUGUGUCAUUUAACCAUUUCUCAAUAUUUAAGAAAUAUGGGUAAUCAAUUGCCUCUGGAUUUUCUAUUGUUGUUGGUAUUGUUGUGUUUUUUCUCUGCUGUAUUUUUGCUUCUUUCCCAAAGGAUUUAACAACAGUAUCUCUGUUUGUUGAGAAGUAGAUUCCAUUGAAUUCAAUGGGUUUUGCUUCCAUUGUGUCUCAUCAAUGACACAAGAUGGACAUUGUGUUGUCGAAGACUUUCAUGGCCGGAAUCACUGGGUUGCUGUCAGUUUUCCGGGAUGUACGGCCAUGUUCCAGAAGCAUUCUCUCCUGAUGUUUUGCCCACAUCUAUGGCAGGCAUCCUCAGAGAUUGUGAGGUCUGUUGGAAACUAGGCAAGUGGGGUUGCAAGGCCAUUUAAUGCUAAUCAAGGUAGCCAACAAAUCUCACAACCUCUGAGGAUGCUUGCCAUAGAUGUGGGCGAAACAUCCACCAGACAAGAUGAUCUCUGGGGUGCCCAACUCUCCAAUUCCAUGCUUCUAUUAUAGUCUGUAUUUAAAAGUAACUGACCUGUGACUUUGUUUUUGUGCUUCCUGAUUUAGGAACGUCUGUAUAUACAAAAGGAGACUUAUUGUUAUUAUAAUAAAGAAGCGACUUUACAGGCCCACAAACAGAAAUGAUUUAUUUACAAAAUCGCGAGAUCUGUUUCCAGCUGUUGCAGGCAUUGCAAUAUACAAAUGCCUUAAAAUUGCAGACGGAGGCUCAAUAUGAGCCAUGACAAAAAUGUUGACAGCGCAACACAUUCCAAGAGGAUAUCUGUCCUUCUCCUGAACCUUCUUAUUCUAUUAUUAUAAUGCCGUCCCUUGUCUUUGUUUGUUUUCAUCUUCUUUUAUUGAAAAAAAAGUACAAAACAACAAAGGCAUGUAGUAGGGCCGAUGGAAAGAUGCGGUCUUGGCUUACUUUUGACCUUAAAGGAAUGGCUGAUGGAAGGAAACCAUUCACUGUACUUGUGAGAAGGGCUAGGCUGGGCUGUGGCGCAGCUGGUUAGUAGCCAGCUGCAAUAAAUCACUACUGAUCAAGAGGUCAUGAGAUCGAAGCCCAGGUCGGGUUAAGUCCCCGACCAUGAGUAGUCUAGCUUGUUGUUGACCUAAGCAGCCUGAAAGACAGUUGCAUCUGUCAAGUAGGAAAUUUAGGUACCGCUUUAUGUAAGAAGGCUAAUUUAAUUCAUUUACAACACCAUAAAAUUGCCAGCAGUGCACGGAAAGGAAUGAGGAAGUAAUACCAUCAAGGACUCGGUGUCACAAGUGGAUGGUGAAGCAGCAGCUCCCCCUGUGGCCGGAAUCGAGCAUACCUUCAUGAAGCCGGAAGCUGGACGAUGUUAAAUUGCCUCUGUGUCUGUCUAUAUAUGUUGUAUGUACGGAUUACACCCUUGUGCCAGCUGAACUGCUGACCUGAAGGUUGGGUUGCUGACCUGAAGGUGACUGGUUUGAAUCUGUGAGAUGGAGUGAGCUCUUGUCUGUCAGCUCUAGCUUGCGGGGACAUGAGAGCGGCCUCCCAGUAACACAUUCACGCAUCCACUGGGCAACGUCUCUGUAGAUGGCCAAUUCUCUCACACCAGAAGUGACUUGCAGUGUCUUCUCAAGUUGCUUCUGACUUUUUAAAAAAAUCCCCAUAUAGUACAAUUCAAAGCAGAUAACCUGGAUUUUAUAUAGCAGUGUAGAUGGGGACUCAGGCCCCUUCUGCUGCUGCUCAGUUGUUUAGUCGUCUGACUCUUCGUGACCUCAUGGACCAGUCUACGCCAGAGCUUUCUGCCGGCCGUCACCGCCCCCAGUUUCUUCAAGGUCAAGCCAGUCACUUCAAGGAUACCGUCCAUCCUUCUUGGCCUUGGUCAGCCUCUCUUCCUUUUUCCUUCCAUUUUCCCCAGCAUCGUUCUCUUCUCCAAGCUUUCCUGUCUCCUCAUGAUGUGGCCAAAGUCCUUCAUCUUUGCCUCCAAUAUCCUUCCCUCCAGUGAGCAGCCAUUGGGCAUUAUUUCCUGGAGGAUGGACUGGUUGGAUCUUCUUACCAAGGUCCAAGGCACUCUCAGGAUUUUCCUCCAGCACCAAAGUUCAAAAGCGUCUCUCUUCCUUCGCUCCGCCUUCCUUAUGGUCCAGCACUUGCAUCCAUAGGUUACUAUGGGGAAUACCAUUGCUUUGACUAUGCGGACCUUCAUGACUAGUUUGUUGUCUCUGCUCUUCACUAUUUUGUCAAGGUUGGCCAUUGCUCUCCUCCCAAGAAGAUUUCCUGGCUGCAGUCUGCAUCUGCAGGGAUCUUCGCGCCUAGAAAUAUAAAGUCUGUCACUGCCUCCACGUUUUCUCCCUCUAUUUGCCAGUCAUCAAGAGGUGUAGUUGCCAUAUAAAAAUGUUCCACAGAUAGUAUACUACACCGAAACAAUUAGCCAAAAUGUAUAAAACAGUUUCUGAUAAGUGCUGGAAAUGUAAAGAACAAGUUGGCUCCUUCUAUCACAUGUGGUGGACUUGUAAAGAAGCAACAAAGUUUUGGAUGAAGAUUCAUGAAGAAUCACAAAAGAUUUUAAAAAGAACAUUUAUAAGAAAACCAGAGUAUUAUCUAUUAGGAUUUACAGACUUAGACUUACAAUUGACGGAACAAGAAGAUAAACUUUUUACCUAUAUUACAACUUCCGCUAGAAUUGUUUUCGCUAGAGAAUGGAAACAGGAAUCAGUCCCACCAAUUGAGGAGUGGGUGGAGAAGAUAAGAGAAAUAAAGGAUAUGGACAAAUUGACUUUUUUGUUGAAGAAAAAUACAGGCAAGAUAAUGAAAAGAACAAAUUGGGACGAUUUUCAGGACUAUCUGGAUAAUUUGAGAAAAUGAAGAUUACGAGAGACAAUUUUGCUAUUUUUUUUUCCUCCUUAGCAAGAAAAAAUAUUAUUGAAUAAUAAGAAAAUAUUAUCCAAGAAGAUGGAAUGGAAGUCAUUUUUUUUUGCUUUUUGUUUUUUUGUGUGUGGGUAUAUUUUUGUAGAUUGUAUACUUUUAUCUUUCUCUCUUUUCCCUACUUUUCUAUACCUUGGUUGUUCUCACUCUUUCGAUGUAGUAU